UAAAUUGCUGAAAAACCCACGCUUACAACCACCACGAGAGAAAGAAACAAAGAAAGACAAGACAUUUUUGUAUUCUCUCUUUGAGCUAGCUUCUUACAAGUCAAUCUCUUAUCUGGGUCUCUAGCUAGAUAUAUAUCAUCCUUCUUUGAUCUCCUCGUUCAAAAAACUGAUAUGGAAGACUACAGAAGAACUCAUUUGCCUGCGUUUGGAAGCUGGGAUUGGAACGACAACGUUCCAUUCACUGAGUGCUUUGAGUCAGCUAGGCAAGCUGGCCUACUCCGCUAUAGCUACUCUGAAGAUCGUGAUUUGUACGUAACAGGAGAUUUGUAUGAGAAUGAUGUCGUUACACCUGCCAUGAUCGUCGUUCCUCGCAGAAGGACCAAAGCUCGAGACCAGCAUGAAAAAGAGGCCAAACAACACCAAAGUUGGGUGACUGACUUGAAGGAGCCUCCUAGUCCACCUCCUAUGCCAAGGCCAACCCCCAAACCAGUAGAUGAAGACCUCUAUAGAAUCUCACCCGAACUCCUCUUCGCCAAACACAAAAAGAAGAGAGGGCUGAGUUUCUUUUCAAGUUGCUUGUUGCCUACUUGCAUUGCCUGAAGCUAUGAGUAUUAGCAGACAAUAUAGUUCUAUAGCAGUACUACGUACAUAUUGAUAAGAGAGAGAGAGAGAGAGAGAGAGAGGAAUAUGAUGUAUUAUUUGUGUUUUAUGUAAAUGUGUUCCAUUGGACCAUUGGUGGGGGUGUGGGACAUGGUGGUGGUAAGACCAAAAAUAUUCUUACUAGUCAUUUUUAAGUGACAUUGUAAGGAGAGGUUUUAACUAACCUUAUUCGAGUAGUACUUGAAGUAUAUUUGGCCUUUCAUUUAGUUGGGUUUGGUGGUGUUAAUUUUGGGUAUGUAUCUUUUGGAUCUUUCUAUGUGACACAAGAGAUCGAGAGGGGACAGUGUUUUUAAUAUAAAGUCUUUUUGUAAAAAAGAA